AUGACCGCCGAAAUCCACAAAGCUGGGACAUCGGACGGCUGGCAUGGCAUAAUCUCUGAAGGAGGCCAAUUCCUACCAGAAAAGGAUCGAUACCAUCUCUACAUAGGCCUCUUCUGUCCCUUUGCACACCGCGUAAACCUCGUUCGACACAUCAAGCAUCUCACCGACAUCAUUACGCUUUCAGUCGUAAAGCCGUAUCCCAAAGGGGACGAAGGUUGGCGGUUUCCAGAGUCGAAUGAAGAGUAUCCAAAUGCGACAGUCGAUCAUCUGUUGGGAGCGAAGUUCCUGCAUGAGAUAUACUUCACGGCGGAUAAAGAGUAUAAGGGGAAAUAUAGCGUGCCUGUACUAUGGGAUAAGAAGACCGGGACCAUCGUCAACAACGAAUCUGCCGAAAUGCUCCGCUGGCUCCCAACAGCCUUCAACACCAUGCUACCCCCAAGCCUCGCAUCCAUCGACCUAUAUCCCGCCGCCCUCCGCACUCAAAUCGACGACCUUUCCCCUUGGAUGCAAAUGAGCAUCAACUUCGGUGUCUACCGCGCCGGUUUCGCACGCACGCAGGAAGACUAUGAGGCCGGCGUCAUCCCACUCUUCGCUGCGCUCAAUAAAGCCGAAGCCCUAAUCGCUAAGAACGGUGGACCAUUCGUCCUGGGAAAUGUCAUGACGGAGCUGGAUGUGAGGUUGUAUGCGACGAUUGUCAGGUUUGAUGCGGUGUAUGUGCAGCAUUUUAAGACGAACCUGGGGACGGUGAGACAUGACUAUCCGGUGCUGAAUAAUUGGCUUAAGGGGCUUUAUUGGAAUGUAGAGGGGUUUAGGGAGAGUACGGAUUUUAGGCAUAUUAAGGAGAAUUACACGAAGAGCCAUUCGGAAGUCAAUCCACUGGCGAUCACACCGCUUGGGCCGUAUCCUAAUGUUGAGGAAGUGUAUGAGGAGGAUUGGAGAAAGUUGAGGGUGGGCGAGGUUCGAAUGCCAGCUGUGUUGGAGGCGGAGAGUAAGAUGUGA